GGGGGGGGGGGGUCAAUAUUGACCCAUGCCAAGUUUUGCCAAAACAAAAUUUUACUUGUUAUUUUUAUUGAAAAUUUGAUGAAUUUAACUUAUUGACCCUUGCAAAAUAUAUUUGUUAUCAAAUUGAUUCCUCUAAAGUAAUAUUCUCCUUACGCCACUGACCAUGCAUGCAUCAACUGAUCACUAAAUCAGGGUACGCAGCAUGCAUCUCAGUUGACUAGAUAGAUAGUGUGGACUCGAAAUGCAUUUUAACAGAAAAUAUAUCUACGAUAUGCAAGUUUACGGUGACACAGAAAAGAAAAUUAAGAAUCCAGUGAGUCUCUCCUCAGCCUUUGAUCAUGGAGGUUUUGCACAGUAUGGGCUUAAUUGAUGUCUUUGAGCCCAUCAAAAUAUAGGAUCAGUCAGCUUCACGAAUGCCUUGUUUAGACUGAGCCUAGAGUCCUUUUGGAAUAAAACAUUUACUUUAAUCUCAAGUUAAUUUUAAGUAUAUUUACAUAAAAGAAUUUCAAACGUUGGAUUGUUUUCUAUAGUCAUAUAUAGUCGAAAUUUUAAUGUUUUAAAAGAACUGUGAACAUGCUUAAGAGUUAAAAAACAAAUCGAACUCGUCUAUUUUCAGUUAAUAUUCAUUAAUCAUUCCUAAAUUCUAAAUGAUCAAUUCUAGUUUACCAGGAUUUAAGGAAUAACAACAACUACUACUUUCUUUCUAUAACUGUAAAAUACAUAUCCGCAGGGGAUACAUACUUUGUUAACCCUAAACGGAGAUACUUUCUUAGAAUCUGAUUUUUAGAUUAUUUACGAUUCUUUUGUCCAUGUGUAGAUUCUGAAGGAUUUGAUUUCUUACAAUAUCGCGAUUCUUAUACAUAAAAUAAUUUCUUAGAACUUCGAAUUUUAUUUUAUUUCUCAAACUUUAAAUUGAGGUCAAAUUUCUUCAGAUAUCGCCUUUAACAAAGUCUACUCGAAUUUUUUUUCUGCUAAGUGAAAAAAUAAUAAACUUGUUUUUUGCCAACAGAAAUUAAUAUCUAUAGAAUUAUAAAAUAAAUUUACCUCGAUAUCGAACAUUUAAAACAAAAAAAAUAUUCAAUUAAAAAGUAUCGAAUAUUUGUUAUGUCAACACGUGUCAGGGGUCCAUCUGUGACUGGCGAAGACGAAUAUAAAGUCUAAUUUGCAAACAAUUAAGAAACUCCUCAAGAAACGUAAUUAAAUAAAUAAAGUGGGAAUUGCAACUUGUAAGACUACUAUUGGGUAUUAUUUUAACACGUAGGGAGAAUCUUACAGUUGUUCCACUGUUGCUUUCCAUUUAAAAUUGAUUCAUUGAUUAUGGACCCCCUUAUGUUAUUUUCCAACACCAAACAUCUCGUUUUUUUUGGGACCAUCUUUCUUUAGAAGAAAUAGCCAUCAAAAAAUUUAUAAUAAAAGACAAUUAUAUGACAAAUAAUUAAAGAGUUACAACUUCAGUAUAUGUCACUGUAUUUUGCAUGUUUUGUGAAGAUUGAGUUGUUACGAUCAGAGUUUUUCUCUUGCCCUAACGUUAAAUUAUUUUUCUGACUAAUCCUAACGUUUAAUUGUUUCAUUUUCUAUCGUUAGUUUUUAGUACACGCAUCAAAAAGAAAUAAAAAUUCUGAUAUGUCUUAAUUUGUUUACUACUAAGUAAACAUAUUUUAUGCAAAUGCUAUACAUUAGGGGGUUAAAUAUUAUUGGAAUAAUUCCUAAUUUUGUAAGGGAUAUUGGUAUUAGUAUGGAACUAAGAAAAUGAAGGUAGCCUCUACGCAAAGUAGAACAAAAUAAAUAAAUAUUAAUCGGAUCAAACAUAUAUAUUUGAAAACCGGAACAACAAAAAUUAGCUGAUUAGAUAUAUCUUGUUCUUUUGGCAUGAUCACAUAUAUUGAUUUAAUGACUGUACUCUGGAGUUAUGAUAAGUGAGGGGCAGCCAAUCAUGUACGUAAAUAAAUUCAAAGGAAAACAAAUCACCGCACAUAUACAUUAGUGAUGUUAUGUCGCCACUCGUAAAAUAUGAUAACGUAUGUAUAAGAUUUUGUUAAUGCCAAAUCUAUGUUAACUUAACUAUAUAUAUAUAACUUUGAAUGUUUUCUUGUACAUAUAUAUUUGUCACCGUUAACGCCUUCACCAGACUAAUGCGUUCACAGGAAAACGACAAUAACAAAUAUUGAUUAUAUGUCUUUCAUAAAAACUGAUAAUAUAAGAAGAUUUGUGUGUGAAUAGAAAGUGAGAAUGUGUGUUGAAAGAUGGUACAAAUAAUCGGUACCUUAUUUUAAAAGUAACAUAAAAGGUUUGAAUUAAUAUAAAGUAUGGAAUGGAAUUUGAUACUGCUAUAUUUCUUUGUGGUCUUACCUAGAGUCUUAUUAUUAUAUAAAUGUUGUUUGGGUGCCGAAUGUGGUUUGCUUCUAAACAAACUUUUAACGGAGUGACACCAUUAGAGUUACAAAAAAAAAAGAUUUUAACUAUAUAAAUCUAAUUGGGGGCGUCGUAUCAAUUAUAAAUAAUAAAUUAUAAAUUAAAAAAAGACAAGAAAAAAAAGUUGAAUUGGGCCAAAACAACAUAUUUUCAAGAUGGCAAGCCAUUUUUAUCCACCCUAUCCAGAAUAAUUCGAUAUGACUUUUUACUUUUUUAGACCAUCAAUCAAAUUCAUGCUCGUAAAAAAAUGAACAAAAUGUAUGCGAGAAUCGUCGUUAUAGACACAUUAUAAAGAAAAGAUGCUCAUGUAGAUAUAUUCUCCCAUAUCUUGGGUAGAACAAUUUAAAAUUCAUAGUAAAUUAUUAUUUAUGUUCAAUGGUCUUAACUGUAUCCCAAACCCAAUCUACCUUUAAUUUGACAAACGCAGUUUUAUUUUGAUUGGGCAUUGAGUUAUAUAGUAAAUAGUUACAUCAAUAUCUGUAGCUGUCAAUGUGGUCGUGUUAAAUACUUAUUUCAAGUUUCAAACCAAGACAUCCCUCAAAAAGAUUUGUCAACCAUAGAUCCAAUAAUAUAUAUGAAAUUUUAUUUCGAUUAAACUAAAAUUCAAAAAUUUGGAUGCUCCCUAUGUAUUAUGAACUUUUUAGUAGUGUUUUUGAAUGUUCAUUAUCCUAGUUUUAUGAUAUGUGUUUUAUUUAUCACAUCACAAGCAUCAACUACACAAACGAUGGCGACCAUUAAAUUUCUUGACGAUGGUCUCACUUGGUUUUUGAAAUUUAUCAUGUCGCGUCUCUGGCGAGUUUGGAAAAAAAAAUACGUUUUUUGUUGGUUGAAAUUGUUUCAAAUGAGACAUGGAUGUUGAAUCACUCUGUAUCUACAUGUUUCUGAAUCGUCCUUCGGUUAUUUUCUUUGUUUAUUAAUAAUCUUAUUUGUAUCUGAUUAAUUUUUUCUCAGUAAGGUAUGUGCUUUUGUGAUGGUCAAAGAAAUAAUCUCGCAUCAUCGCAUGGAUCAAUCAUCUAUUCAAAUUAAAUCUAUGGAACAUAUAUAGUUUUUAUAAGUUUGAUCCAAGUCUGAAGCAUAGAGAAUGGCCUUGCGCAAUAUAUGUGUAUGCAUUGUUUCAGAGAAUAGGGCUUAAAAUGAAUUAAUAAUGUAAUUGAGUUCCCCGUGGUUUUACUAUUUUUAUUUGCAAACUUUUUCUGAUGUUUCUAUAAGAAUAAAUAAUUAAAGGCAUCAAAUUAUCUCGAAUUCAUUCAUGUUUUAUGCAUAUAACAUUAAGUGAGUAUCUCUAUGCAUGGGUUAACAGGAUCAGUUAGGGUUUCAGAGUGAAUUAAUAAUACUUAAGUCUUUUUACGUGUGCGUUCUUACUAUUUUUAUGAACAAACUCUUUUUAAAUGCUUCCACAAUUGAAGAAGAAUAAAGACAAGUCUAAGCAAGUGGGAGUUUAAUUAAAAUUACUUCUUAUAAUAUUUGUUUUUGAAAUAAGAAUAUUUGGACUUUUGCAAUUAUGGCCAUUGGAUGGUUAAAAAAUGCGCACUCCUAUCCAUUUUUAGAAUAAUUAAAAGAAAAGGUAUCGCCUAUAUCAAUACUAAUCCCUCUUGCACCUGAAGACUUUGGAGGAAUGCAAAGAGAUUCCAGAAAACCAAAAAAAAACCACAAUAGAUUUCAUUUCGAUCGUUAUCCCUCCGAUUUUUGUGUUUACUCGAAACUUAUUUUCAUUCUAUUCAGUAUAUCAUCGAACGUGCAACAAGAUCAUAUGUUUCUGAUGCAAAAGAGGCAACCCGGGUCUCUCUUUGGUCUUUAAUGGAUAACAACUUUGAAUCCUCAAACGCUUCACAAGGAAGCCGUCUACAGUUGCAUCCGCAACCGCCCCAGCCGUUUAAUUUACAAGACGUGGAUACGAUCCAUUACAGUCAAACCUCUCCAUGGACUACCGAGACGUUUUCAGGUUUUACUCCAUACGAUUGCAUAGCUAAUCAAUCUUUCUCCUUACAAUGUUCAUCUUCAAAACCCUAUCCUCCCUCGCUUCAUUCGUACGAUCAUCAAUCCUCGGAUCCUCCAUCAUUGGACCAAUCCCAAUCGAUGGUUCCUAUGCAACCUAGUCCGGAUCAAUAUUUAAAGCCAUUAUAUAAAAGAUCAUGCGUCAACGAUUUUGCAGCAACAAAUGCUUCAUCAGCCUCGUACUCGCUUUGUUUUGGAGCAAGUCAAGAUCCACAAGAAAUAUGUAGGGGGAACUAUAGUAAUUCUAAUGUAACACAACUGAGUUUCUCAUUAUCACAUCAUCAAUCUAAGCAAACUCAUUCAAGAUUUUCUUCUCCUUCCUUCUCAACCUAUGGAGGGUCCAUGGUUCGCAACUAUGGGACGGUUACCGGGAACAAGACACGGAUAAGAUGGACUCAAGACCUUCAUGACAAGUUCUUGGAAUGUGUAAACCGCCUUGGUGGUGCUAAUAAGGCAACACCCAAAGCGAUAUUGAAGCUGAUGGAUUCUGACGGACUCACAAUAUUUCAUGUUAAAAGCCACUUACAGAAGUAUAGGAUUGCGAAAUACAUCCCUGAUCCUCGAGAAGGCAAGUUUGAGAAGAGAUCUUGUUCCAAAGAGUUGUCUCAGCUUGACACGAAAACUGGAGUGCAAAUUAAGGAGGCACUCCAGCUCCAACUUGAUGUUCAGAGGCAUCUUCAUGAACAACUAGAGAUUCAACGAAACCUACAAGUGAGGAUCGAAGAACAAGGGAAACAAUUGGAAUUAAUGAUAGAACAACAGCAAAAAACAAAAGAGAGUCUUCUCAAGUCACCAAACGCCGAAGUAUCGUUGCCUCUCUCCGCUUUCGAUCACUCUCCUCCACCUUUCUCGUUACAAGACGCCGAAGCCAUGAUGCUACCAAGUUAUGAAGAUACUCAUUUCCAAUCAAAGAUAAGUUGAACAACGAGAGAUUGGCUAAAUACAAAAGGCCUAAAGCAUGUUUCUACUCUAUUAAAAGUGGUAUAAAGUUAUAAGAGACGCGACAAAAGAAUGUCCAACGUGCUACAUACACUAACACUUGGAAACAGAAUCAGGUACUUUAUGUGUGCAAGUGGUGUGUGAUGGGGUGCGUCUUAGUCAUAGACUAGUAGAUGUGUGAGAUUAUUCUUAAUUAUCUAUUUGUUUUAUU